ACCCCGUUCUUUACGGAAAUAGGUGAGGGGAAGGUGGACCGCAAAGGGAAGAUGGAUCGCGGGCUGCAUACGUUUUGGAUUUCUGUUCUCCCGAACAAAGAGCCAGGCCGGACUCAGACUACGCAAGCAUCUUCCCUCCAGUCUGAUGUAUGGUCCGCCAGACCAACCCAUUUCUCCACGUGUCCGAACAUGUGGUCGGACGCUCGGCUUGUGAAUACCGCCGGUUGGCAUACACGGAGGAGGUACAACCGCUUCCUAGACGACAGCACCGCGACACGGACGUCGCCAGGACACUAUCCACAAACAACGAACAACCUACCGGUACGUUUUCGGACUCUAACAGCAAGGAGGGAGUAAACUCGAUCGGGAGGAACUUCGUGAGGUACAAGUAG